AUGACGGUCAAGGCUCGACGCGUAGCAGUCAUCGGGGCAGGUCCAUCAGGCGCCAUAGCCACGGACGCACUAGUCAAGGAGCAGGCGUUCGACACGAUCCGGGUGUUCGACAGACGAGCCGGAAUCGGGGGAACAUGGAUCUACACGCCGCACCUACCGACCGCUAUCCCGUCGCUGCGCGACCUAGUAGCCGGCAACGCCGACGUAGCUGUUUCUGUGCCGCCGCCGCAGCAGCUCCCAACCGUCACGCCGGUAUCCGAAGAGAUCAACGGGCACCAGCACCGCUUCUCUGACACGGCCUUACAUGAGAAUCUACACAGCAAUAUCACGCCCGCGCUAAUGAGCUACACGCAAGAGCCCUUUCCACACAAGCUUUCGGCUCGCACACUAGCCGAGUACGGUCCAGGUCCAGAGGCACCCUUCCGACAUCACACCGUGAUCCGCGAGUGGGUCGAGGGCAUAUUCACGCGAGGGGGCCACGAAAAGCUCCUUGAGCUGAGUACAACGGUGGAGCGGGCCGAAAAGGUUGGCGGCGAGUGGGUGUUGACGCUGCGCAAGGAAACCCUAGGGAGGAAUUACUGGUGGAGGGAGACGUUCGACGCCCUGGUUGUAGCAACAGGCCACUACAAUGUCCCUUGGUUCCCCAGUGUACCAGGUCUUCUCGAAUAUGAUGAGAAAUUCCCUGGGAAGAUACUGCAUAGCAAGCAUUUUCGCACGGCAUCACCAUUCAAAGGAAAACGAGUUGUCGUGGUCGGAGGUUCUAUAUCAGCGCAUGAGGUCGUUCAUGAAAUUCUCGACGUAGCGCAAACCCCCGUCUAUGCCUCCGUACGAGGCGAGCCCAUUCCAGCGUUCGGGUGGGAGCCGUUCUUACAUCCAGAUAUCGUAGUCAAGAAAGAAAUCGCACGACUAGAUCAAGAAACCGGGCGUGUCUUCUUUGCCGAUGGUUCAUAUCUCGACGACGUGGACCACAUCGUCUUCGGAACCGGCUAUACCUUUAGCGUGCCAUUUAUCGUCCAUGUGCAAGAACGCAUUAGGAACGCAUAUCGUCGUCUUCCAGGGGUGUACCAACAUACGUGGGAUAUCGAGGAUCCAACACUGGCCUUCGUGGGAAUGCUCGGAGGCGGUUUCACCUUCCGUGUCUACGAAUGGCAAGCGGUGGCCGUGGCGCGGCAUCUCGCCGGUCGGGCCAAGUCGCUACCAUCGAUCCCGGAACAAUUGGAGUGGGAACGUAAACGUGUCGCCGAAAAGGGAGGCGGCAAGGACUACUAUUCCAUCGCACCUGACUAUAAGGCAUUUUUCGAGUUCUUGCGGGAUAUCGCCGGGGAACCGGCCUCGAAUACGACAGGUCGAAUAUUGCCCCCAUUUGAUGACAAGUGGCUAGAACUGUGGACGGGAAUGGUAACCUAUAAAAUCCAGGGCUUCCAGCGCAAGAGAAAGAGGGCAGAGGAAGCUAGGGGGACUAUUAAAGCAAGACUAUGA